AUGGCCACCAUGACCUCUUCUUCCGCUGCUCCCACUGGCAGCACCCUCUGCGGGACUCCAGUCAUGUACGAAAUCCCCACCUUAGAUGCGGCCUGCGCUGUCCCCAACAAUACCCAAACCAUAGCUUCCAUGAGGGACUGCUGCAAGCACGCAAAUGUCACUUCCUACGACGGUGGCUGUGCUCUCGUCUGUCUUGCGAUCGGCCAAUCUGUAGGACAGCUCACAAAAUGCUUGUAUUCCACUGGAGUGCCAUACAACCAAGUGUGGUGCAACAUGCUGCCGAACGCGACGGCUACGGGUGUGUCUCCUGCGCAAACGAGCACGGGCACAGGUCCAGCGAAUAAUUCCGGGGGUAAAUCCCAAAAUAUUGAGCCCGUGAAGCAGGAGGCCGCUUAUUGA